AUGGCACCAGUCGACCGCCUAGACCAAGACGUCCUCGAGCAGCAGCUCAAGGACGUAAUCCAAGACCUGUACCAAAUCAUGGUCCAAGUCUCGACCUACGACACCACCGGCCGCCCCAGCCGCGACGUCCUCUCCAACGAAAUGAAAACCCUCUCGGCAAGCCUACAAGCCCUCCACGCAACGACGUCGGGCAACGCGUCGCUGCCGUCCGUCCCGCCCGAACUGCUCGAGUACGUCGAGAACGGCCGCAACCCGGACAUUUACACGCGCGAGUUCGUGGAGCUCGUGCGCCGCGGGAACCAGCUCAUGCGCGGCAAGAUGCACGCCUUCGGGGAGUUCAGGGACGUGCUGGCGCGCGAGAUGGCGACGGCGCUGCCCGAGCUCAGGCCCGACGUGGAGCGGGUUGUGCGCGAGACGGGCGGCCGGCCGCUGCCCGAGGUGAAUGGCGAUACUGCUGCCGCGUCUUCGUCUACAGGCGCGCCGGGGAACGGCACGAGAUGA